UUUGCCCUGCAGUCAACCCGGUCUGCCUUAGGAGGAAAUACAGCCUGCAGGCGAGCCAGUCAAGGUCACAUCCAUCGGCCAUCAGGUUGCUCUUGCAUCAUGCCUGCCACUGCAGUGGGUAUGAAGCUGGAUUUGUCCAAACUCACAGACGAGGAGGCCAAACAUGUGUGGGAAGUUGUCCAGAGAGACUUUGAUCUGAGGAGGAAGGAGGAUGACCGGCUCAGUGAACUCAAGAGCAAGAUUGAGAGAGAAGAUACCAAGAGAGAGCUGUUGGGAAAUCAGACCAGCCUGACUGAGUCUUACUGCAUUCGUUGUCUUCAGCCCUUCAAGUUCCUGGUCAACAUCAAACGUCAGUGUUUGGACUGCAGAAUUUACGUCUGCAAGUCCUGCAGCCGCAUCAGUAAGCGAGAGCAAGGCUGGUUGUGUGAUCCCUGCCAUAUGGCCAGAGUUCUUAAAAUUGGUACCUUGGAGUGGUAUCAUGAGAACGUCCGAGCCCGUUUCAAGCGCUUUGGCAGUGCCAAGGUGAUGCGAUCGCUCUUUAAGAGGUUAAGUGAGGAACACAGUUGCUCUCAGAGUGACCAUGGAGAGCCCCAUGAGUUUGACACACAGAGCAUGCCUGAGAUCCACACAGAUGGAUAUGAGGAGCACAGCCUGGAUGCAGCAGACUCACAACACCUCCAAGGGAUGAAAAAGGCCAAGCGAAGAUUAACUGUUGAUCCGGUUGAUUUCAUACCCGGCUGUGAUUGCUCCAGUAACUCCAGACCUCAGGAGGAUCAGGCCUUAGGUGUUAAUGACAUCAUGGACUCAGAUGGAGGUUUAAGGGAGUCGAUGCUCGCCGAGGCUGACAUGGCGGCCGUUUUUCACCAGAUUGUACAAGAGCAGCACAAAGGUCUGGACCUGGAGAUGCCUCCACAACAAGAUGAUAUCGGGUAUGUGGAGCACCAGACCAUCCCGUCUCGCUCCAUGUCCGGGCUCAGCUACUCUUCAGGUGGCAGUGGGAGCAUGGGAGGUCCCAAGGGGUGCAGCAGCUACCUGCCCGGCCUCUAUGACUCAGAAGCUGAAGACGACCACUGCCAGCAGUACCCAGUCUACCAUCCCCAUCCAGGCCCCUGCAGCCACACAUCUCAGGAGAGCCUGAACUCAACAAACACAGUUCCACAGAUAAGUGACCUAAACAGACGAAUGUCAACCAUUGAGACCCUCCUAAAUUGCUUGGAGCAGAAGGUGAAGCCAACAAACAACAAGGACAACAGAACUUCGACCCCACAGAGCUCCUCUCCUCUUCGUCCUCCUCAGCGGGAGGAAGUGGACCUCGAAGAACAGCAGCUCAGACAAAAGCUGCACGAGUUGACGGACAACAUCAGCGAUCAAAGCUUAACUUCUGAUGAAGAUGAGUCUGACAGGCCUCAUUCUUCCCAAGAAAUCCCAGCCUGGCGGAGUCCUCAGUGGGACCCCAGGCCUUCCAGGAUCCCCACCAGGCCCACAUCCAGAACGAGCAUCACCAGUUCCAGACUGGAAGAGGAGCUGUCUCUGCAGUGUGACUCUCUGAAGGCAGACUGUCUGUCAGAGAGCCCUGAGAGGAAGGAGCGCCCCCUACAGGAGCCAUCGAUAACGAGCUUCAGAGGCUCCACAGCUUUACUGGUUGAGCUGGAGGACAAAGUAGCUCAGGCUGCUGCCAACGUCCAGAGCGCCCAGAGUCAGGUGUCUUACAUAGAGAACCGAAUCGCUGCUCUGAAUGCUGCUGGGAUGCCAGCAGACAGACGAAGGAAGUCAGCGAUCCCGGUUCAAGCUCGGAGGCUCUCCCACAACUUCCCCACAAACCAGGUGGACAUGUUUGUGAGGAACUCCCUCUACAGGGGCUCCCUGACUCAGAGGAACCCUGUGGCAAAGCCCAAAGGCAGGGCUCCCUCUGCGAAACUGGUCAUGACGCAGGACUCAUGAGGAGGAGGCUGAGCAUCAUGUGACCUUCACCAUUUCAGUCAGAGGUUUGACAGAUUGUCAGUAGAUGGAUGGACCAUCCCAGAGGAACCAGCCUCCUGCCAUAUUUUUAUUAAUCGGGUCAUAUUUAUUUAGUUUAAGGGUUUAAUCUGAACCAAGCAGGAAUUAAUCUGUAACCACAGCGAUUUGAGGGCAAAACGAGAUGUUUGCUUCUGAUGGAUCUUCAAUUUUGAGAUGUUAGUGAUAAAACACCUGCCUCCCUUUCAAGGAAACUCUUUUGAAGUGAAGUUUUGUUCAUUUGUGACUCGUUUGUCUUUUGAUUAAACUCUGUUAGAACUUGGAGAUGAAACCA